GAUGAGGCAGAAGCUCCUUCUGUGCUUCAGUCAAUUCAAGACGGAAAUGAAAAUUUGUAAUUUCAUUAAUCAUUUUGGCUGAUCAACCACUACUUAAGCGGAAAGAAAAUUUUAUGACCCAAAAAAGGAUGAAACCCAAAGUCGUGCAUAAAAACAAUUGAUACUCGUGCGUAGAAUACAAUUACUCACAAUUAAAGAUUUGGUUCCAUAAAUUCGCUAACACCGAAAAAAUAAAUUCUAGUUUGGCUCGUACGCAUUCUUGUUCAGCAGAAGCCCUAAUUAAAAGCGACUUUAGAUCAGAUUCAUGAAUCAAGUUUGUGGUGGAAAAGUUUAUAAUAUUUUUAGAGGAAUUAUUGUUCUGUAGGAAAUUUAAUCUUUUCUUUGGCCAAAUCACCCCACCGGCGCCAUGGAUAGAAUUGCCCUUGAAUCAAGAUCUUCAAGCUACGCGUACAACCACAGGUUUGAUUGCACCACAGCUCUUGCGCUCUUCGGUAUGCUGGGACUCAUUGAACUCUUGAGGGACAUAAUAGCGAACGUGAGUGGCAGCUCCACGGCAGCGCCUGCCACCGGCCGCAGGGGGAGGCGCUCCCUGAGGGCACCUGAUGCGUCGCCCCUGCAGGAGGCGCUGCUGGCGGUCACGCCGCUGCUGGACGCAGUGAUGGAGGUGCACGACGGUGAGGUCGAGACGUCGUGUCUGCCACAGGUCGCAUGCCGCACCGCACGGCAGCUCGCCGGCUCCGGCGACGUCACUGCCAAUAUCCUAGCCAAACUGUCUGUUCAGGUCGUCGGUGCUGCCGUGCUGCGCGACGCUCCGUCGCUGCUGCAGGCGACGCAGGAGGCAGCAGACGCCGGACGGCACGGCGCGUCCUGCGAGCUCCUCUACAGGCGGUGCCCCGAGACUUGA